UGACAGGAAGUUAUAGGAGUAAACAUGUCAGCCACCAUGGAAAAUUUACCAACGUAGACAUCAUCGACUUGCUUUUUAGCAUAAAGUACUUUUAUUGAGCAAGGAAAAACAUAAGGCUUUUAAAGAAUUAACAUUGCAGUUUUUGUUCAUUAGUUUCACAUAGAUAUUUAAGCAUAAACCUAUGCAAACAGCCUGAGUGGGGGCUGCAAUCGGAAGUGAAAAUGGAUUGAGAAAUUUUUACGAUCAUCUUGCUAGUGCAGUCAUUUGUAUUCAUUGAAUAUGGCCACUAUCAAGAAUAACAAGGAUAUUGCCUGCUACUUCAUCACGAAGCAUUCAUGGAAGGGAAAAUACAAAAGAAUUUUCUCAGUUGGGACAAUGGGAAUAACAACCUACAAUCCACAAACUUUAGAAGUUACAAAUCAGUGGCCAUACUCAGAGUUUGUGAGUAUUGUUCCCAAUGUCAAAGCCCCAGGUAACAAUGAGUUCAUUAUAACUAUGAGGAAAGGUCCAAAGAAGACGGAAUCCAUGAAAUUUUCUACAGAUCACCGUUCAGAUUUACUAACUGAAGCUUUGAGAUUCAGGAAUCAGUUUGCUGAAGUAAAUAACACUACAAAGAGAUUCAACGCUUUCAAACAACAUUGGUCAGAUAACAGGGUACCAAUUAUCCUUGAGGUCAAUCAGGGGUCAGUGGACCAAGUUGACCCAGCUACCAACAAAGUUCUGUGUUCCUAUGACUACAAAGAUAUGGAGGGCAUCACACAUAUAUCAGACUAUCCUGGGGGUAUAGCUAUCAUUCAUGGAGGAUUUAGUCGUCUUCAUUUAUUUGCCUGUGAACAAAAAGAGAACUUGAUAAAAUGCAUAAUGGAAAGUGCAGCAGCUUUUGUUGGGAUAGCAGUCAAACAGAGGAAAGACCCAAUCUCUUACGAACAGUUUUUAACCCACAGAAUGGGAAAGUAUAGUACUGAUGAAGCCCUAACAUCCUAUGCUGAGUUUACAGUUCAGAAGAUUUCCCCGCGACACUCAGACCCAACUAGACGGACCAUGUGUCUUACUGAGACAUGCUUAGUAGAGCGUGAUCCAGCUACAUAUAACGUCGUCACAUGUAAACCUCUUUGUGAUAUAUUUGCAAUAAUAAGAGACCAAGAAAACCCACAGAAAUUCAGUGUAGAGUAUGUUAAAGGUGCAAUAAGGACCUAUCAAUCAACAGACAGGGAUGCCCUGAUUGCCUCAGUUCUGGACGGUGUGAGAGCCUCAGGAAACAGGGACGUCUGUGUGAAGAUGAUGUUUACAUCCCACGGCGAUCGUCUCGGUCCAUUCACAGUUCCCGUGGACGAAGAAGUGGAGAGUCAACUACUGAAGUUUAUUCAGCAGCCACCAGUUGGAAUGACAUUUGAGCAGUGUGUCUCUAGAUUCAACAGCAACAUAUCAUAUAGUGGACUUCUUCAUGCUGUCACACAAGAUGGUCUUUUUGCUGAAAACAAAGAAAAAUUGAUCAACGGAGCUUUGCUGGGUCUACUGGAGAGAGAGGGAGACCAGAAUGUGAUCUCAGUGGAGAAUCUAGAGGCACAGUUCCACGCCCUCAGGCGACUGGUGGCCUCCAAGGCAGGCUUCCAGGCCUUCACUGCAUUACCCAAAAUGAGAGAAAAAGUGGGGCUAAAGGUUGUUAAAGCUCUGAAGAGGAAAGACCAUGGUGUCACCCAUGCAGCUAUUGAUGUUCUCUGUGCUCUGAUGCAGCCCAUGCAUGAUGACUAUGACCUCCGACAAGAACAAAUGAACAAACUCUCCCUCCUCUCCUCCAAGAAAUUCCUGGAGACUCUAUUAGAGACCUUUAAUGACCAUGUCAUACACAGCACGGGAGCACUAGUGAUAUCGGCCAUGUUAGACUUCUUAACUUUCUCUCUGUGUGCACCGUACAGUGAAACCACAGACGGAACUCAUUUUGACACUCUGCUGGAAAUGGUGGCAGCAGAUGGCAGGAUUGUUUUCAAGUUAUUUCAGCAUCCCUCAAUGGCAGUGGUUAAAGGAGCUGGGCUUGUUAUGAAGGCUAUCAUUGAGGAGGGGGAUCAGGAGGUGGCAGCUAAGAUGCAGGACCUGGCCCUGUCAGAGGGAGCCCUACCCAAACAUCUACACACGGCCAUGUUUACCGCCAGCUCAGAUAACAGGAUGCUGACAAUCAGGCAGCUAAGUCGACAUCUUGUUGGUUUGUGGGUCACUGGACAUCCCACUGCCAUGGGCCUUCUGAGGCGAAUUCUGCCUAGUGGACUCCUGUCAUACUUGGACUCAGAUGCAGAAGUACCUGCCUAUGAGGACGACAAGCUGCAUGUCAGAGACAAUGUCAAACUCGCUCAGGAUAUUCAGAACAGAAACCGAAGGAAUCCUAAUCUAGUCAUGAUAGAGAAGAAAGUGGAUGAACUUCUGCAGCAUUGGAGGGCAAAGAUAGGAUUAGAAAAAAAUAAACAACAAAAUGAUUUAAAACCAGUGACGUUAAGAAAACGGAGACAGAGGAUAAAGAGUGAGGCCAAUUGGUCGCUAUUUUACUAUCAGUUUGGCCGAGAUCAUUCAAAACCUAACUUACUGUGGAAUUAUAAGACAAGGGAGGAGUUACGAGAAGCCCUGGAGAAUGAGAUGAGGGCGUUUAAUGUGGACAGAGAACUCGGGGCAAACUGUGUGGUGGGCUGGAACCAUCAGGAGUUUGAAGUGCCCUACAUCUGUCUGAAUGACGAAAUCAAAAUAGGUGAUUAUUAUUUGAGGCUUCUGCUUGAGGAAGGAGAAAAUGAAUCGGAGGAAACUAGUGCAAUUAAAAAAUCAUAUGAAUUCUUUAAUGACCUGUAUCACCGCUUCUUGCUGACUCCCAAAAUUCCAAUGAAGUGCAUGUGUCUGCAGGCUAUGACUAUUGUGUACGGGAAAUGUCAUGAGGAGAUAGGAGCUUUUAAUGACACCAGAUAUAUUGUAGGCAUGCUGGAGAGGUGUACAGAUAAACUGGAGAGGGAUAGACUGGUUCUUUUUCUCAACAAACUUAUUCUACACCAGAAAAAUGUCAAAGAAAUAAUGGAUGCCAAUGGAAUUAAAGUUUUAGUAGAUUUGUUAACACUAGCACACCUCCAUACAACCAGAGCUACAGUCCCACUACAGAGUAAUGUUAUUGAGGGAUCCCCCGACAUGAAGAGAGACAGUGAGAAGGAAUGGUACUAUGGUAACAAGGACAAGGAGAGAUUGGGACCAUUCUCUUAUGAAGAGCUGAAGGAACUAUGGAAGGAGGGGGAAAUUCAUGCCAAGACCAGGUGCUGGGCACAAGGGAUGGAUGGGUGGCGCCCCCUUCAGUCAGUUCCACAGCUCAAGUGGACACUAAUGGCUACCAGUCAGCCUGUGAUGAAUGAGAGUGAACUGGCUAGUCUCAUACUCAAUAUGUUAGUACAAAUGACUGAGUACUAUCCAAGCCGGGAUACUGAUGGUGCAAUAAUUCGUCCACUGCCAAAAGUGAAGAGAAUAUUAUCAGACCCAAUGUGUCUCCCACAUGUAGUACAGCUGCUUUUAACCUUUGACCCAACCUUAGUGGAGAAGGUUGCUCGUCUUCUAUACCUGAUUAUGAUGGAUGGAGAAAUUCUCCAAAAUUUAUCUCGACAUUCUAUAACUUGUUUGUGUUUCUUCUUUAUUAUGAUGUACACAGGAUCUAAUGUGUUACCUAUUGCUCGAUUCCUGAAAUACACGCACAUGAACCAGGCAUUCAGAUCAGAAGAGAAUUUUGGCUCAGACAUUGUAAGUAGGAGUGUCCUUGGCCAUCUACUGCCAGAAGCCAUGGUGUGCUAUCUAGAAAACUAUACACCAGAAAAAUUUGCCGAAAUUUUCCUCGGAGAGUUUGAUACACCAGAAGCCAUAUGGAAUGCAGAGAUGAGGUACUUAACAUUUAUACCUUCAUAGGAUGAAUACUCCUUUUAUCUAAAAUCAUUAUACCAGUACUGUCCCAUUCCAGUGGUCAACUAUCCACAACUUGAACAUGAACUGUUUUGUAAUAUGUAUUAUCUUAAGCAUCUCUGUGAUACUCAGAAAUUCCCAGAUUGGCCAAUCAAGGACCCAAUCAAAUUGCUAAAAGAAAUUUUAGAAGCAUGGAAGAAAGAAGUAGAAAAGAAACCUCCUUCAAUGUCUAUAGAGGAAGCGUAUGAGACACUGCAUCUAAAGAAAGGAGUAGGAGGACAUGAAGAGGCAAAAAUUAGGAAAGCUUACUUUAAACUGGCUCAAAAAUAUCAUCCUGAUAAAAACCCAGAAGGAAGGGAAAUCUUUGAACAAGUGAACAAAGCCUAUGAAUUCCUGUGCAGCAAGUCUCGGCUGGUGGAGGGACCAGAUCCACAAAACAUUGUCUUAAUCCUCAAAGCUCAGUCCAUACUCUUCAACAGAUACAAAGCAGAGCUUGAGCCAUAUAAGUAUGCUGGUUAUCCCAUGUUAAUUAAGACCAUACGUAUGGAGACGAACGAUGAUGCCCUGUUCUCCAAGUCUGCCCCGUUACUCUCCGCAGCUGCAGAACUGUGCUACCAUACCGUCAACUGCUCAGCAUUAAAUGCAGAGGAGCUCCGAAGGGAAAAUGGAAUACAGACACUACAAGAAGCGUUUGCCAGGUGUAUCAAUGUGCUAAGUAUGAUGAGUAAACCUGAAGAUGUAGCAGUACAGGUGUGUUCCCAUAUUGUUAAGUGCUAUGCGGUGGCUUCACAGUUUGAGGGCUGCAGAAACGAAUUAUUAGAAUUUUUUACCAUUAUUAUCUUUCAGAACCUUGCCAAGCUGUGUUCUGUGGUGGCCGAGUGUGUCAGUGCUUUCUCUGUAGACUUCUGGUUACAAACCAAUCUCUUCCAGUCAGGUGUGUUAUGGCACCUUUUAUUGUUCCUGUUUAAUUAUGAUUAUACACUGGAGGAAGGAGGGGUGGAGAAAAGUGGAGAGUCAAAUCAACAGGAGGUAGCUAAUAACUUGGCUCGGCUGUGUGUCAGAGCUUGUGCCAGGUUAGGAGGUUAUUUUCCCGAGGGAUCAGAGCUGUCCACCCCAGAAAAUGUUCCCGUCAAGAAGUCCCUCCAUGCUUUGUUGACCCCAUUCUUAGCGAGGAAACUCUCCAAUGAAAAUCCUAAUGAGUUGCUGAAGCUGUUAAACAGUAAUUCAGAGAACCCCUACUUGAUCUGGGACAAUGCCACUCGAGCUCAGCUGACGGAAUAUCUGUCUGAUCAACAGCAGCAGGUUAUCAAAACCGGUGAAUGUGACAAACACUAUGGAUCAGAGUUCUUGUUUGAAAUCCAUGCCAAAGAACUGAUUGUAGGAGAGAUAUAUGUCCGUAUUUAUAAUGAACAGCCCACGUAUACUCUAGAGAAUCCCAAAGGAUUUACAAUUGACCUGCUGGACUACAUGGGAUCCCAGGCCCAGUAUUUACAUUCUCUGAUGAUGUUAAACCAAAGUAAUGCUAAGCAGGCAGCCCAAGGCUCCAGACUGAAGAAUGUGGAGAUGGCAUUAGAGGGUCUACGUAACGUCAUCAAAAACAACCCAGGUGUGGAGAUUCAGUGUAUAGGACAUUUCAAGUUACUGUUCUGUCUGUUAAGACUAGAUGACUGUGCCAAACUGCAGCAGUUUGCUUUAGAAGUCAUCAAUAGUGUAACAACCAAUCAGGAGUGUGUCAAUGAUAUAGCAGCCUCAGAGGUCCUAGCCUACCUACUUAUGGCCAUUGCAAUGCUCCCAAGUUGUCAGUUACUGACCUUAGAGAGUUUAUUUUCCCUGAUGUCUAGUACUAAGAUAGUGAAGGAGGCCCUGGCUAAGGGUGCCCCUAUUUACCUCCUGGAUUUGUUCGCUAAUGCCACCAAUCCUAAUGUCAGGGAGAAGACAGCGGAACUGAUGGCCAAAAUGUUGUCAGACAAACUAGUGGGACCAAAAGUUAGGAUCAUCCUGUCCAAAUUCUUGCCAGUUAUUUUCAUGGAUGCCAUGAGGGAUUCGCCAGAGGCCAGUGUUCACAUGUUUGAAGGGACCCAUGAGAACCCUGAAUUGAUAUGGAAUGAUGAGUCAAGAGAAAAAGUGUCAGACACUGUAAAGAAACUUAAAAACAGCCAUUACAAAGCCCAGAGAGAGAAUCCUGACACAAGAUGGGGACUGAAUGAAGACUUUAAUGUGGUCUACUCAGAUGUCCAGGGAGAGCUGACCAUAGGAGGGGUAUUCCUGAGGCUAUUUAUAGCUAACCCUGGCUGGGUGCUAAGGAAACCCAAGGAAUUCCUGACAGAGUUGAUGGAGAAGUGGACACAUCUCAUCAGUAUGCAGAACACAGAUAAUGAGACUCUAGAGACAGUAACGACAGGAGUGGUGUGUUUGUUUUCCUCUCAGCAAGCGUUACUAGACCAAGUUCCCUCCCUUGGGUACAUUCCCAAAAUCUUCCAAGCAAUGAGUAGUCGUAACAAUGCUGUUCCCAAGGCCGCUAUACAAGUGGUUCAUCAGCUAGCCAAUAAUGAGAUUUGCAUCAGGAGUAUGGCCCAGGUGGAGUGUAUCAGUGCUAUGAUGGUGGGGAUGAAGGCCAGGAGGGACCAGAUCGCCCUGGCGGCCGAGGCCCUGUACAAGAUGUUUGACAAAGGGGAGGAGGAACUGGUGUCUCAGGCCAUUAAGACUGAUCUAGUGCCGUUCCUACUGAAGCUGUUGGAGGGAGGGCUGGAGAGCCUAGAUAAACCUGCGGCAACCAAAGCUCAGAUCGUCAAGGCCCUCAAGUCCAUGCAGAGGUCGUUCCAAUAUGGAGAACAGAUAACAAACAUUUUAGACAAGUCAGCUGUGUGGAGGGAAUACAAAGACCAGAAACAUGAUCUAUUUAUAUCAGACACACCUAUUGCUGGCUAUCUGACUGGUCCAACCGGACCCAGUGUGGCUGGAUACCUGACCUCCGGGUCACGACCCACAAUUCCAGACAAACCGCCACCUGUGGACAGACAUGAUGAUCUCCUGCACUGAAAUUAGAAGUGGCCAGUCAAACACACCAAUUAACAGUAAACGAGACUGCUAAAAAGGGAAUACUGUUCCUAUCAUUACAUUUUAGUGCAGGUGCUAUGUUAUUUUUGUUCUGAAAGAGACAUUGAAGAAGACAGAGAGGGAUUUUAGUUCUUGUUUUAUCGUACACGUUAAUGAUACAAUUAAAUUUCCUUUUCCAUUGCUUAGAAAUUAUAUAUUAUAGAGCUAAGGUCUUUUUUGUUACUGAAAAAGAUUAUUUGUUCCUUACACCAUAGUUGAUCCUUUUUCCAUUUUUUUUUACUUUUGCAAA